AUGGCUCAGAGGCUGAAGGAUUCUGUGACCUUUGAGGACGUGGCUGUAAAGUUCAGUGUGGAAGAGUGGGCACUGCUGAGUCCUUCUCAAAAGGACCUCUAUAGAGAUGUAAUGCAGGAGACGUUCAGGAACCUGGCUUCCAUAGGAAUGGAACAGGAAGACCAGAACUUUGAAAAUGACUACAGAAGCUCCCAGAGAAAUCCAAAUUCUCAAAUUGGAGAGAAGCUGUAUGUAUGUAAACAAUGUGGUAAAGACUUUCCUAAUCCUGCUUAUCUUAAAUGCCAUGAGAAGAUGCAUUGUGAAGAGAGACCAUAUGCUUGUAAGUACUGUGAGAAAACAUUUACUCGUUCUGGUUCCUUGAGAUGUCAUGAAAGGAUUCAUACUGGAGAGAAACCAUAUGCGUGUAAGCAAUGUGGGAAAGCCUUCACUACACCCACUUCCCUCCGAUGCCAUGAGAAGAUUCACACUGGAGAAAAACCUUAUGAAUGUAAGCAAUGUGGAAAAUCGUUCACGCUGUACAGAUAUUUGCAAAGACAUGAGCGAAUUCACAGUGGAAAGAAGCCCCAUGAAUGUAAACAAUGUGGUAAAGCUUUUUAUGCUCACAGCAUUCUUCGAUAUCAUGAAAGGAUCCACAGUGGAGAGAAACCCUAUGAUUGUAAGCACUGUGGGAAAGCCUUCACUCAUUCCAAUUAUUUGAGAUGCCAUGAAAGGAUUCAUAGUAAAGAAAAGCCCUAUGUGUGUAAACAAUGUGGAAAGGCCUUCACUACACAUAAUUCCCUUCAUCACCAUGAAAGAACUCACAUGGGAGAGAAACCCUAUGUAUGUAAGCAAUGUGGUAAAGCCUUCAGAACACAGAAUUCCCUUUAUCAUCAUGAAAGGACCCAUACUGGAGAGAAACCCUAUGGAUGUAAACAAUGUGGGAAAGCCUUCACAUUGUGCAGUUCUCUUCAGCGCCAUGAAAGAACUCACAAUGGAGAGAAACCUUAUGUGUGUAAGCCAUGUGGAAAAGCUUUUACUUUUUCUAGUUCCCUUCAACGUCAUGAAAGGAUUCACAGUGGAGAGAAACCCUAUGUAUGUAGGCACUGUGGGAAAGCCUUUCCUGCUUUGAAUCAAGUUCAGAGACAUGAGCAAACGCACAGUACAGUUAAACCCUUUGUAUGUAAUCAGUGUGGUAAAGCCUUUACUCUCCAUAGUUCCCUUCGGGACCAUGAGAGGGUCCAUAGUGGGGAGAAACCGUAUGUAUGCAAGCAAUGUGGUAAAGCCUUCACUUAUCACAGUUCCCUUUGGUACCAUGAAAAGAUUCACAGUGGAGAGAAACCUUAUAGAUGUAAGCAAUGUGAGAAAGCAUUCUUGCUGUGUAGUUCCUUGCAAAGACAUGAACGAAUUCACUCUGGAGUAAAACCCUGUCCAGAAGAGUGUGUAUCUGUGAGCUAG